AUGUCAUGCGUGCCUAUGGUUGCAACUAAUUCUCAACCUAAUGCACUGCUAAACUUGUGUCCAUGCGCAACACAACAAGAGUCUUUUCAGAAUUGUGAUGAUCUACACUUUUCACCAAAAUACCAGUUAGUUAAUUCUGUUUAUAAAACCUCAAGUGUGGAGUCUCAGUAUAAAAUGGAACCUACUGAAAACAUAAAUCAAGAAUACGAAAGUUCAGACAACGGAUCUGAAGUUGUAAAAUGUAAAGUCCUUUGGGAUUUUGGAAUUUUAAAAAAUCCGUUGCUUCGACAAAUUUGGGUGACGGUUGUCGUUUCAUGGUUGUCCAGGGCAACUGGAUACAUAGGAGGUUAUACUUCACCAGCAGGUAUCUCUUUGAAAGAAGAUUUAAAUAUCACAGAAGUACAGUUUUCAUGGAUUUCUGGACUUAUGCCUUUGGCUGCCCUUUUUGGAAGUUUUUUGGGAGGUUUCUUAAUCGAUCGUUGUGGGAGAAAAAUGACUCUUUUAAUUAGUGAUGUCCUUUUUUUAAUCAGUUGGAUCAUAAACUUUCUUGCUCAAGAGUACUGGCACUUAUACAUCAGCAGAAGCAUUUCUGGAUGUGGCGUCGGUAUAGCGUCUCUGACGCUUCCUAUUUACUUAGGAGAAAUACUUCAACCUAAAUAUCGUGGAAUGUUGGGUCUUUUACCAACGACUUUUGGCAAUAUAGGAAUUUUGAUAUGCUUUUCAAUGGGUAUUGUCUUUAAAUGGAAAGGAAUUGCUGGAAUUGGAGCAUUGCUAACAGUGUCAUUUUUGUUCGGAUAUUGGUUUAUACCAGAAACACCUCAUUGGUACAUUUUGAAAAAAAAAUCCGUUAAGUCACGCAAAGCUCUGGAAUGGCUACGAGGAAACAAUAAUCAAGAUGCUGUACAGAAGGAAUCUGAAGAAUUGCUUAGAUCAGAAAAAAUGUCGAGUGAAGAGCAAGACAAAUUUACAAAUUUAUUUAAAAGACCCUAUUUGACUCCUCUAUUGAUUGUUCUUGGGUUAAUGUUUUAUCAACAAAUGAGCGGAAUCAACGUUGUUAUAUUCUAUUCAACGCAGAUUUUUGAAGAUACUGGAUCUCAUCUCGAUUCAACCAUUCAAACCAUAAUUGUCGGAGUUGUCAACUUUGUAUCAACAUUUAUCGCAGCUAUUUUUAUUGACAAACUUGGAAGAAAAGUUCUAUUAUACAUUUCCAGUAUUGCAAUGAUUAUGAGUUUAGCAGUAUUGGGAACUUACUUUUAUUUAAUGAGUAUACAAAAAAUUGAUCUUUCGUCAUACAGUUGGAUUCCACUUGCAAAUUUUAUCGUUUAUGUACUCGGGUUCUCUUUUGGUUUUGGCCCAGUUCCAUGGUUAAUGAUGGGUGAAAUUUUGCCCGCAAAAGUUCGAGGACCUGCAGCUUCGCUAGCCACAGGAUUUAAUUGGACAUGCACCUUUGUUGUAACAACGACUUUUCCUUUGUUCAAGGACGUUAUUGGUGAACACGGAGCCUUUUGGCUAUUUUGUGCCGUUUGUGUGCUAGGACUUAUAUUCACUAUCUUGUUUGUGCCAGAAACCAGAGGACACAGCUUAGAAGAUAUUGAAAGGAUAUUACGUGGUGAAGAAGUGCAAAGAAGAAGUAGUAAAGAAGUUCUUUAAAAAAUUUAGAGUCAUUGCCAUCUAGAUUUUAAGUAGAAUGAUGUUUAUAGUUUAAAUAUAAAACAUACAGAUCUGUGUUUAUUUUUAAGUUUGUUUUAGUUUAUUUUUUAUUAAAAUGUAUUUAUUUAUGUGAUUUUUUUGUUUAAAAAAUAAAAAAAAACUCAAGAAGAAAUUAGGUGCACUUUUUUGUCAUAAUGGUGUUGUGAGACUUGGUGAUUAUAAAUGAGUACGGAGUUUUGUAUGCAUCUUUAUUAUUGAACUGUUUGUUACAUAUUUAUUAUUAGUGUUACAUAUUUAUUAUUAUUGUUACAAAUUUAUUAUUAUUACUAUUCAUUAUUUAGCGUUAGGAUUUAUUAUUUGUCAGUAACUAAUUAUUACGUUUUACCAUUUUCUAGAACAUUUCCUGACUCAUUGAUUUUUGUUAAUUCGUUACCCAA